UGGUGGCGCUGUGUGUGUGUGUGUGUGUCGGGGCCGCAGUCCCGCUCCCGGGCGGUGGUGGCCCGUUGCCUGGUGAUGGUGAAGCUCGGUCUGGGAAUGAAUGAGGAGACGACUCCGGGCGGUGCUGAGGGAUCGCGGCCUCCCGCACAGUGAUGGAGCGGUACAGCGUGAGCAGGACGGUGGGGAAGGGCAGCUACGGGGAGGUGCAGCUGGUGAAAGACCGCAAGGAACUCCGCCAGUACGUGGUAAAGAAGCUGAACCUGAGAAAUGUCUCGAGCCGCGAGCGCCGGGCAGCAGAGCAAGAGGCACAGCUCCUGUCCCGGCUUCGUCAUCCAAACAUUGUUACCUAUCGCGAGUCAUGGGAAGGGGUGGACGGACACUUGUACAUUGUGAUGGGCUACUGUGAAGGUGGUGAUUUGUAUCACAGAUUGAAAGAACAGAAAGGCAACCUGCUUCCAGAGAGUCAAGUGGUGGAGUGGUUUGUCCAGAUUGCUAUGGCUUUACAGUAUCUACAUGAGAAGCACAUCCUGCACAGAGAUCUGAAAACUCAGAAUAUUUUCUUGACCAAAUCAAAUAUUAUUAAAGUAGGAGAUCUGGGGAUUGCUCGCGUGUUGGAGAGCCACCAUGACAUGGCCAGCACACUGAUCGGAACUCCCUACUACAUGAGCCCAGAGCUGUUCUGUAACCGGCCGUAUAAUUAUAAGUCCGAUGUCUGGGCGCUGGGAUGCUGCGUGUUUGAAAUGACGACACUGAAACACGCCUUUAACGCCAAGGACAUGAACUCUUUAGUUUUCAAGAUCAUUGAAGGGAAGCUUCCCCCGGUACCGGAGCCCUACAGCCGGCAGCUGUCGCUGCUGAUCAUGAGCAUGCUGAGCCGCAGACCUGAGGAGCGGCCAGAGGUCAAGGCCAUCCUCAGGAAACCCUACAUCAAGAGCCACAUCGCCGUGUUCCUGGAAAACACAAAGGUAAAAGCCAUGAAGACCCGUAAGAGAAACGUCCCCGAGGCAACCCCUCCCAGUUGCUCGGCUGUGUCACCGCGGAAUCAACCGGGCCCGUCCUUGGGCGCCCCCCAGCACGACUACAAUCCGUCCCGCAAGUUUGGAAAGGGGGGAGAAAGUGAAGCUGAGGAGUACGGUGAUCAUCGCUGUGCUGGUCGGCCAGUGUCCCAGUGUUCCGCUCCCAACUCGAACCUCAGCAGCACAGAUACUCUCGCUACGCUCAGCAAGGUGGACAUCAGUGUGGUCUCCGGACAGCAGAGGGGGAGCGGGAAUCCUGGCCAUAUAACAGUGGCCGAGCCACGAAUACGUUCCAUUGACUGUCCGAUCACAGAACCCACAGCAGCUGGUGUUCCCCUGGAGGCAGAUCCUGCUGAUAAACCCAAAUGCCGCGUUGCUGGAGCUUAUGACGAGAAAGAGGCCACGAUGUCCCUGCUGCAGGCUGUGUGUGAGGCUGGGCGAUCGCUGGCAGAGCAGAUGAGCUUUGACUCCACAGAAAAGCUGCUAAGGCCAUUUGUGCCUGUUGAAGUCUCAGAAAACUGUUCGGGAAUGAUGGCUGCUGUGCCCAAGGAUCGCGAUCAUGUUCCUCAUCAGCCACAGAAAUCUUGUUCUGAGCCGGUAAACUCCCAUCAAUAUCAACACAGAGAGCAGAGUGAGGAGGUAAAAGCCCCAGCCCCAAGGUUACGGUCUCCUCCACACAGCACAGCUCAGGAGCGGCCGUUGUCUGCCCGAGAGCGGAGGAGAUUGAAGCAGUAUCGGGAGGAGCUCCCUCAGCCAGUGUCCACAUCUCACAGGAGCUUCCACAAUGCAGCUGGACACACAAACUCAAAUGAAGAGAAUGAAGGUGUUAAACCGAGCAGCCUCUCCUCAGCUUUUCCUUUUCCCCAGGAAAAGAAUCUGAAUGAUUCGAGCCCCCUGUCAGAUGAUGAAUGUUCGUCAACCAGCUCAACGGACCGAUCUGAAGGAGACAGCAGAGAGAUGAAACAGGAUUCCAGUGAAAUCCAUGAUCUGGUCCAACUGAUGACUCAGACUUUGAGUUUGGAUGUUAAAGCUUCAGAGAGAGAGAAUGUGCUGCCUGUUCCAGGCCCAGUGCCCGCAGCACGGUGCAGGUACAGAGACACAUUGAUUCUUCACGGGAAAAUGAAGGAUGAACCAGAGGACGUUUACUUCAAGGAUUUUCCUACUGAAAGUCUGACGGUGCCAGAGAAGAUUAAGAGAACAAUUCAAGCUCUAAGGACCGAUGUUGUAAAAGGAUUGGGAGUGAAGCUGCUGGAGAAAGUCUAUAGCAUUAUGGAAGAUGAUGACGAGGUCAGGAGGGAGGAAUGCCUGCAGCUACAUCUCGGUACAGAUUUGUACCAAAGCUACAGUCUGAAGGUCCGACAACUGAAGUUCUUUGAAGAUAAUUCCAAUUUCUGACAAAACAGGACCUUUACUAGUUUAACAGGAAGACAGCAUUUAAGAAGUGCCUUGAUGGUGCAGAGAUCAUUGGAUAAUGUGUGAAUCUGCAGAUCUGAAUGCCCAUUCACAAAUGUCAGAUGAUGCAAAGUUAAAAAGAAAUGUAAUUGAUGACAAAGAAAUUGGAAGAAACACAAACUAGUAGGAAGUGAUGACACAGUACUGAGCGGCAGCAGAUUCUCUUUGUGCCUGAUUGAAAGGGACUCAUUUCCUGCAUUAUACAUUCUCACUUUGCUGGCAAAAUAUGAGAUGAAUAAUUCAUUGUGAUCACUGUAUUCAUGGAAUCAUAGGAAUUAUAGCAUAGAAAGAAGCCAUUUGGCCAUCAAUCCUUUGCUCCUCCACUGAAGUGACCUACUCUAAUCCCAUUCCCUGCUCUUUGUAUUUCUCCAAUUCACAUUUCAAUGCUACAGUCUCUGCCUUAACUGACACUUGUGGGAAUACAUUCCUAAUAACCUUCUGCUUGAAAAUGUUUCCUUUCCCUCCCCUUUCACUCCAUCAGUGAUAAACCGUGUCUGUGUACAGCACAUAGUGUAGCUAUUUCACAGCACAAGACACUGCUUGUGAUUAAACAUACUCUGCUUUCUUUCAUAUUAUGCUAUGAACCCAAUUAUGUUCAAAAGUUAUAUUCCUAGGUCUGCUUAUGUGUUUUUGCCAUUAAUGUGAUUGUCACACUUUGUCAUACACAGGAAGUUUCUUAAGGUCACACAAACAAAUCUGAAUAAUUCAGUUCUGAAACUACUGUAGUUCAGUUAACAAAAAGAAUGCACUUACUCUUCACCUGUUAUUGCUUUCUCCCUUUCUCUGUCUGUUUCUUUCUCUGCUCUGUAUGCUUUCUCAUUCUUUUAUUUUGUUUCAAUGUUUAAGUUUUCUGUUCAGACUUCAUUAAUAAUGGAACUAUUUUUGCUAAAUAUGUCUGAGAUCAGGAGCUACUGCCUGUGACGAAAAGAUGAAAACUUCUUUUGCAAAUGAAAAUCUUAAAUAUAACACUAACAAGAAAAAUAGCCGAGGUUUCUAUAUCUUCCCAGAUACGCGUUGUAAAGAGAGCUUAAGAUUGUCUACACUCUACAUCGCUGAAAAUUAUUGACUAGUUUAGAUAGAAUAUCAUUGACAUGUCUACACUAUAUAUUGGCUGAAGUUGUAUUGCUUUGGAAACAGGAGUCAUGUACCGAUUAAGUUAAGCUUUAACCAAGGAUAGAUUUAUUGGUUUUUCCAUUUGAUGCGAGGAAACAUUU